GAGUUUCCGUAGUUGUCCGUUUCAAUAUUUCUUCCGGAAGAAACACGACACUCCAAGAAGGGCGGAACGUAACGACGACGCUAUUACUGCAACAGUCACAAUAAGGAAAUAGACGCUCGGAACUUUUUUGUUGUUUUUCUUCACUUUCGUGGCCACAGAGCUUUUUCACCUCCCCAUGCUGCUGUGCCGGGUUUCGGCAGUUAGCCAUGCGUUAGCCAGAUGGGGACGGAGGUCACACCGGGGAGGCGGCCUCCUCCACCCUGCGCUCUCCUUCAGCUCGAGCCGCUGUCAUUUCAGUGUCAGUUCAGGAGAAGACGUCUCUCAGUCCCCGGUGGGAGGUUCUGCUCAGGGACAGUACCGAGAGACAGUGCUCCUUCCUCGAACCGAGUUCCCAAUGAAACUGACUGGACAGAAGCUGGUGCACCGAGAGCUCGAGAUACAGCAGGAGUGUGGUUUUGCAAAUUUGUAUUCCUGGCAGAGGGAGAGAAAGGCCAAGAAGGAGUUCUGCCUCCAUGAUGGACCCCCAUAUGCAAAUGGAGACCCUCAUGUUGGACACGCGCUCAAUAAGAUCAUAAAAGACAUCCGUAAUCGCUUUGAGAUGAUGAGAGGCCGUCAGGUCCAUUACAUCCCAGGCUGGGACUGCCACGGCCUACCCAUCGAGCUGAAGGCUCUUGGGGACCAGGGGACCAGCGGCUUGAGUCCCCUGCAGAUCAGACAGAAAGCAAGGGAGUUUGCAGAAGGGGCCAUAGCUCGUCAGAAGGCUGCUUUCCAGCGCUGGGGGGUAAUGGCUGACUGGGACAAGUGCUACUACACGUUUGAUGGGGCCUAUGAGGCUGCUCAGCUGAAGGUCUUCCAGGAAAUGCACAGCAAGGGGCUCAUCUACCAGGACUACAAGCCAGUCUUCUGGUCUCCUUCUUCGAGGACUGCUCUGGCUGAGGCAGAGUUGGAGUACAACCCUGCACAUGUGAGCAGAGCCAUUUAUGCCACAUUUCCCCUGACCACACUGCCGCCUCAGAUCGCCUCAGAGAACGGUCUGGAAAAUGUCUCCGUGUUGGUGUGGACCACUCAGCCCUGGACCAUUCCUGCAAACCAGGCUGUUUGUUACAUGCCCAAUGCCCAAUACUCAGUGGUGAAGAGGGCAGACAGCGGUCAGCUGCUCAUGGUGGCCACUGAACGCACAGCCAGUGUGGCGGCGCUGCUCGGCACAGAGCUGGAGAGUGUUGGCACCUUCACAGGCUCCCAACUUGAAGGUGGGCUCUGCAAACAUCCCACAAUCCCUGACAAGGAUGCGCCGCUGUUGCCAGCCAAUCACGUGACUAUGGCCAAAGGAACAGGAUUGGUCCACACAGCACCAGCGCAUGGCAUGGAUGACUACAGUGUGGCGUCACAGUUUAACCUGUCUGUGGACUGCAUCGUGGAUGAGGACGGCAAGUUCACUGAAGCAGCAGGACCUGAGUUACAGAGUCUGUCUGUGAUGUCAGAAGGCACUGACAAAGUGAUUUCCAUUCUGAAGGAGUGUGGGGCUCUGGUGAAAGAGGAGCAGUGUAUCCACAGUUACCCGUACGACUGGAGGACAAAGCAACCCGUCAUCAUCAGCCCCAGUAAGCAGUGGUUCAUCAACACUGCGUCGCUGAAAGACAAAGCCAAGGAUGCACUGCAGAAGGUGCGUGUAUUGCCAGAGUCGGCAAAGGGCAGCCUGUUGGCCAUGCUGGACAGACGGACGUACUGGUGCAUCUCCAGACAGCGAAGCUGGGGCGUCCCAAUCCCCGUCUUCUAUCACAGAGAGACCGGAGAGCUUCUGAUCAACAAACAUACAGUGUCCCACAUAUCAAAGCUCUUCCAAGAAAAGGGCAGUGACUGUUGGUGGGAGCUUCCCAUCGAGGCUUUUCUGCCAGCUGAAGUCCUUAAGAAGAGUAAAGCGGGUCCAGUGACUGACUACGUUCGUGGAGAGGACGUGCUGGACAUCUGGUUUGACAGUGGGACGUCGUGGGCUGCUGUGCUCGAAGAGGAGACGGAGGGAGAUUCUGCAGAGCCUGAGUCUCGUCUCAGCUGGCUCCCCACUCCACUACGCAAACCUCUGGUCACAGAGUCAGACUCCAGAGCAGAUGCAUAUGUGGAAGGAAAGGACCAGAUCGGAGGCUGGUUCCAGUCGUCACUGCUCACCAGUGUAGCCGUCAGGAACAAAGCUCCGUACAAGUCUCUGGUGGUCCAUGGCUUUACUGUCGGAGAGAAGGGAGAGAAAAUGUCCAAGUCUCAGGGAAACGUCGUGGAUCCUGAUAAAGUCAUUCAUGGAGGGGAGGAUAUGCCAGCGUACGGGGCAGAUGUGCUGCGUUGGUGGGUGGCAGAGUCCAACAUCUUCUCCGAGGUCCAGAUUGGACCCAUUGCACUCAACUCGGCCCGAGAGAGCAUCAACAAGCUGAGAAACACACUGAAGUUCCUGCUCGGUAACCUGCACGGUUUUGACCCCCUUUCUCAGACCGUGGACUCCAAAGAAAUGCACUACAUCGAUCAAUACAUGCUUCACCUGCUGCGAGAAUACAGCAUGAAGGUCACAGAUGCCUACAGUGAGUUUGAUGCCGGCAGAGUCAUCCGUGUCCUCCAGGCCUUCAUCACCAGAGAACUCUCCAGUUUUUAUUUCAGCAUCAUCAAAGACAGGUUGUACUGUGAUCCAGAGGACUCACUGGGCAGAAGAUCAUGUCAGACGGUUUUGGAGGAAAUUCUGGACGGCGUCACCAGAUCCAUCGCUCCCAUCCUGCCGCACCUCGCGGAGGAGGUUUACCAGCACGCACCGGGACACGACAAGGCAGAGACUUUAUUCAGGAGCGGCUGGAUUAAGAGCAGCUCUGUGUGGCGGCGACCAGGAUUGGAGGAGGCAGUGGAGGGAGCGUGUGCCAUCAGAGACUCCUUCCUGUCUUCAAUUCCAGGCAAAAACGCUGCCCAGUACGACCUCACUAUAGCCAUUGAACCUUGUCUGCUGUUUGAACUCAUGGAGUCUCUACAAGAGGAACCUUCGUCCACCUCCUCCCAGCUGGCCGAGCUGAUGAUGGCCGCGCGCGUCAACCUGACCAGCGAGCUGCCCCGUGACCUGCCCUCGGACGCCCUACUCAACCACGGCACCUUCCUCAUCAACCUGGAGGGUGGCGUUAUCCGCGAGGACAGCGCCUACAGUAUCGCCGCGGUGCCCACCUCUGCCGCUCGCUGCCCGCGCUGCCGCCGCUUCACCGCCAAGUCGGCAGACUGCCUGUGCCCGCGCUGCCAAACCAUCGUCUCGCAGGCUCACUGACCCGCCUGGAAACCGGCACCGACCCGUAAACAGCAGAGACGGCUUUGUUCGCUGCAUUUGGACGAAGUGAACCGGUGUCUGUCUUUCUCCUGUGUUUAAACUCAAGAGAAAAUACAGCUGGAGUCAGAGCAGCAUGUGAGAAUCAUCAGCCAACUCUUUAAAUCAAAGACACCCGAGUCAGUCCCUCUUUGUUGAUUAUGGCUUAAAUGUGUAAACUACAAUUAUGAUCUGGUACCACCGUGCAAUCUGAGCAUGACUGAGGUUUACUGUAUGAACUGCUGCUAACUGAAGACACUGAUUUGAUUUUCAGUUGAGAAGGAAUGCAUUUUUCUCCAGUGUGUAAUUGUAUUUGACUGUGAGUCACUAUGUGACAACAGUGGAGAAUGUACAGUCCAGAGUUGAUGUGUGUGAGUGACGGUGAGCAGCUGAUUUUUAUCUGGACCCCGUGAUUGACCAGGAAAUGAAACAUUAUCCCAACGUUAACAUCUGAGCUUUGCACGAACCUCUUUAUUCUGCAUUGGUGGCAGUGGGCCCCAGUGGGACCACAGAAAAGACGGUGUACACGCACAGCUCAUUCACUUCUGUCUCUCUAUAUAAAUAAAAAAUAAAGGUCCAUAUUUCUUUA